AGAGCCUGUAGUCGGUCUGUGAGCACUCCACCAAUGACCAGCUAAAAACGCCCCACUGCUCCGACUCAGAACAGCGGGGGUGGGGAGUGAAAAAGUUUGGCUUUGGACUUUCGGAAACCAUGGGAUUCGAGCUGGACCGCUUCAAGGGCACCGUGGACCCGGAUUUUAAAUGCAACUUGUGCAACAAAGUGCUGGAGGACCCGUUGACGACUCCGUGCGGUCACGUCUUCUGCUCCGGCUGCGUGCUGCCCUGGGUAGUCCAGCAGAGCAGCUGCCCCGUCAAAUGUCAGCGCAUCUCCGCCAAAGAGCUGAACCACGUCCUGCCCCUGAAAAACCUCAUCCUGAAGCUGGAGAUCAAAUGUGACAACCACGCAAGGGGCUGCGAUGCCGUGGUGAAGCUGCAGCAUCUGCCUGAGCACACCGAGAUGUGCGACUACACCCCGGCCAAGUGCAGGAAUAAAGGAUGCACGGAGGUCCUCAGCCUCGGGGACAUGGAUGCUCACAUGCGGGAGACGUGCGACUGCAGACCGGUGGGGUUGUGCGAGAGCGGCUGCGGCUUGAUGCUCACUCUCAGAGAGCAGAGAUUAAAGAGCCACUGCUGCCUGAGAACCCUGAAGGCGCACAACAGCGCACUGCAAUGCAAAAUCAUCAGCCUGGAUAGAGAGUUCAAGCAGCAGACUAUUAAAGCCAACAAGAGGGAGAAGGCACUGCUGGCUCAACUUUCGGAAGUGCACAGCGAGCUGCAGAUGACAGCUCUGAAAUAUCAGAAGAAAUUCACCGAGUACAGCGAGAGGAUCGAUUCCCUCACCAAGACCGUGGCUUUCUCAUGCAAGGAAGGCGAGACAAAAAGCGUGACGGUUGUCCUUCUUCGUGAGGGCGGAUCUCUGGGUUUUAACAUCAUAGGAGGAAAGCCAUGCGCGGACGACAAUGACAGCACUUCAAAUGAAGGGAUCUUUGUAUCCAAGAUCAUCGAGGAAGGACCGGCGGACAAGGAAGAAGGCCUUCAAAUCCACGACAGAAUAAUAGAGGUCAAUGGCAAAGACCUCUCCAAGGCCACCCACGAUCAGGCGGUGGAGGCCUUUCGUGCCGCCAAGGAUCCCAUCAUGGUGCAGGUCCUGCGCCGAUCUCCACAUCCCAAAGUGUCCGGCCAGGCGGGUGACUCCCAGGUUUCUGACAUCAGCACCCAGACGGACAUCACCCUGCAGCACAUCAUGGCCCUCACAAAGCUGUCUCCUUCUUCACCCCCCAUGACGGAGCUGGGGGAAUAUCUGCUACCAGAGGAGCAUCCUCAACACGCAUACUUCAACCCCAAUGACUUCCUGGAGGUCAUUCAGCACGACAUAGAGCGCGAGGAGCUGGAAUACGAGGAAGUGGAUUUGUACCGAGCCAAUAUCCAAGAGAAGCUGGGCCUGACGAUCUGUUACAGGACUGAUGAUGAGGAUGAAGCUGGGAUUUACAUUAGUGAGAUUGAUCCACACAGCAUUGCUGCGAAGGACGGCAGAAUCAGAGAAGGCGACAAAAUCAUUCAGAUCAAUGGUAUCGAGAUCCAGAACCGGGAGGAUGCUGUAAUGCUGCUGACCAGCGAGGGGAACCAGAACAUCACUCUGCUGGUGGCCAGACCGGAGAUCCAGCUGGACGAGGGCUGGAUGGAUGAUGAUAGGAACGACUUCCUGGAUGACCUCCACAUGGACAUGCUGGAGCAGCAGCACCAUCAGGCCAUGCAGUUCACCGCCAGCAUGCUGCAGCAGAAGAAGCAUGAGGAGGACGGAGGCACCACAGACACGGCCACGCUGCUGUCCAAUCACCACGAGAAGGACAGCGGGGUCGGGCGCACGGACGAGAGCACGCGAAACGACGAGGGUUCGGAGCAGGAGAACCUCGGCGACGACCACACCACGGCCUCCAACACGCUGGGCAGCUGCAGGAAGCUCACCUACAGCCAGGACACGCUGGGCAGCACCGACCUGCCCUUCAGCGGGGAGUCGUUCAUCUCCGCGGAUUACCACGACGCCGACUUCCUGGGUAUCCCCGCGGACGAGUGCGAGCGCUUCAGGGAACUCCUGGAGCUGAAGUGCCAGAUGAGGAACAGUGGAGCCCAGGGUCUGUACUACCAGGGAGGUCAGGACCAGGACGGGGUGGACAAAGAGCUGGAGAUGCUCAACGAGGAGCUACGCACCAUCGAGCUGGAGUGCCUGAACAUCGUCCACGCUCACAAGAUGCAGCAGCUGAGGGAGCAGUGCCGCGAGUCCUGGAUGCUCCACAACAGCGGCUUCCGCAACUACAACACCAGCAUCGACGCGCGCCGCCACGAGCUCUCCGACAUCACGGAGCUCCCGGAGAAAUCGGACAAAGACAGCUCCAGCGCCUACAACACUGGCGAGAGCUGCCGAAGCACCCCACUCACGUUGGAGCUUUCUCCGGACAACUCUCUUCGUCGAUGCGCAGAAAAUCAGGGUCCGUCUGUGGUGGCCAGCUCCACAAGCUCCAAUGGUAGGGUCGUCAAACCCCUCCAGUCCCCAGUGCAGGAAGCCCCUGGCCCCAGCAGAAGCAAAGGUUCCUCAAAAGAUCAAGAUGGAUCCCUGCAGGCCGAGAGCAAGGAGAAGAAGUCGGGAGAGUCCAGUAAAUCCGCACGAAGCUCGCAUCAGCCACAUUCGCCGUACAAGCACGCCCACAUCCCUGCACACGCCCAGCACUACCAGAGUUACAUGCAGCUGAUCCAGCAGAAAUCGGCCGUGGAGUACGCCCAGAGCCAGAUAAGUUUGGUCAGCUUGUGCAGGGACCCAAAUAGCCCCGGCGACCUGGACCCAAAGAUGGAGUGGAAGGUGAAGAUCCGCAGCGACGGCACGCGCUACAUCACCAAGAGGCCGGUGCGCGACAAGCUGCUGAGGGAGCGAGCGCUGCGCAUCCACGAGGAACGAAGCGGAAUGACCACGGACGACGACGCCAUAAGCGAGCUGAAGAUGGGCCGCUACUGGAGCAAGGAGGAGAGGAAGCAGCACGCCGUCCGCGCCAAAGAGCAGAGGCAGCGCCGCGAGUUCAUGAAGCAGAGCCGAGCCGAUUGUCUCAAAGGGGAGUCCGGAGCCGAGGACAAAAAGGAGCCCAACAUCAUCGAACUCAGCCACAAAAAGAUGAACAAAAAGAGGAAUAAGAAAAUAUUUGACAACUGGAUGACCAUCCAAGAACUGCUGACCCACGGUACCAAGUCGCCAGAUGGCACAAGGGUUUACAACUCGAUUCUGUCUGUGACCACAGUCUAAGUGCUGCUCUGAGUGGUGGACUGUACAUAGGACACUACCGAUUGGUGUAGAGAUUCCUGCCUCGUUCAAUGUGGCAACGUUUUGUAAAUAGGAAGUAAGCCCCGCCUUUCCUGGACGAACAUUUCCCACCAGAAGUUCAGAAGUUCUUGAAGAGAAGUUCUUUAUAAUGAUGGUUGGACUUGACAAAAAUUAGACAUGGCUAUGAGGAUGAUUUUGGAAACAUUUUUCAAAUUCUUACAAUAACCUUUUCUACCUUUGUGCUUGCUCUUUUGAAUAAUUUUGGUAACAAAAACACAAUAUGUGACUUUUCUUUGGAGGGUUUUGAAAGUGUGUAAAGACAGUGUGCCAUACAUAAAUAAACAGCCAGCAUUUACACUAUAUUACAUUAUGUUGUUUGUACUAUAUAUCUCUUAUCAGUAUUUUACUGUUAUGCAUACGUAAUGCUUUUAUGGAAACACUGCUAUUUUCCUGCAAGGUAGAACACGUAAUCCUUUUCAAAAGGACUUUUGUAAAUUAAAAAAAACAUUUUUGUAACAAAUUCACAUUUUUAGUUUUAAUUUCUCUCUAAUGGUGCUGAUUCCCCAAAGUUAAUACCGUCAGCGAAGUACCAUCUGUUACGUAACGUAGAGGACGUCAUAACGUGAUACUAUUGUGUAUGUACGUGUCUUUAGAGAAAUAAGUUUCUCACGCUAAAAUGUAAACGUCUGUGUUUGUUAAAGCACACGUUGUAGUCGCUUUUUCUUUCUUAGGGUUUCAUGUAUUGGACAGAAUAACAGUGUAACAAAUCCUUAGUUAGCCACACAAUUUGAUGUCUUGUAAAAUGAGAGAAAUAAUAAAUUAUUGUUUUAUAUAUGAUGAGCUUUCAAA